AUGAAUGACCUAAGCCCCGAACGUGCAAACACCACUCCAACCUCAACUAGCACUUCCUCCCCUACCUCCCCUCCCCCAGCUACGACCUCCCUCCGCCACGCCACUCUCCUUCAUCCCAAUCGCCUCUCCGAGCCUUUCGCAAUGGCCACCUCUCGCUCGGUAGCUCGGCUGGUCGCCUACCGCCGGUCUCCCUUCAUGCCGAUCGGCUCGACCGCAAACUUCUCUUCCUCGGUGUCCCGCGCAGCAUCUCCAGCGGGCCCCCCUCAGCCCGGUUUCCGUCUGCCCCCGCCUACGCGCUGGGAUCAGGGCUCAGAGUCUUCUCUCGACAAGGCUAGCAAGUACUUCCUCAUGGCAGAGAUCUUCCGCGGCAUGUACGUGGUGCUGGAGCAGUUUUUCCGCCCACCUUACACCAUCUUCUACCCCUUCGAGAAGGGUCCCAUCUCCCCCCGAUUCCGCGGUGAGCACGCCCUGCGUCGCUACCCCACUGGUGAGGAGCGCUGCAUUGCUUGCAAGCUCUGCGAGGCCAUCUGCCCGGCCCAGGCUAUCACCAUUGAGGCGGAGGAGCGUGAGGACGGCAGCCGCCGCACGACCCGUUACGAUAUCGAUAUGACCAAGUGCAUCUACUGUGGAUACUGCCAGGAGAGCUGCCCCGUUGACGCCAUUGUUGAGACUUCCAAUGCUGAGUACGCUACCGAGACCCGCGAGGAGCUCCUGUACAACAAGGAGAAGCUCCUCGCCAACGGCGACAGGUGGGAGCCUGAGAUCGCGGCCGCUGCUCGUGCGGAUGCUCCUUACCGAUAAUCGACUCGCACCCUCAACCACUACUUUUUGUGGUACUCGACACUUCAAAGAUGCGAAUGAUGAAUGUGGACCCGCGAAGGCGGCACUGGCCCAUUAUCAGAACGCGCCAAAUGGCGUUCGUCCAAAAUCUAGAAAAGGGCUCUAUAUCUGCCCUCUUACCCCAGCACAUCUUGUACAUAAAACAACCCCGACCUUGUGUUAUCCCUCUGUCGUACUAGUCGAUUCCUGGAAAGGAAGUUUCCGCUUCUCUCGGAAACCGAGCUCCUUUGUCCUUUUUUUUUUUUUUCUAUUUCCUAUGUUUUGGAAUAGCAGGUCUCUUUUUUAUUUUUUUAAAGAUCAAAUUCUAUUAGCGAUUUUCCUCCAUG